AUGGCUUCAAGUGAUAAGUCAUCAGCUCCUGCGUCAACCCUAGGCGGGGAUCAGCCUAUCCCACCAGGGAAGACUAUGUCAAUGGAGCGACACAUGCUUGACAAAGGGGCACAGAUGUUACAGUCUUUGAAACCAGUGAAGGAAAUGUCCCAGCAUGCUUGUACUUUCGCUAUUUACAGCCAUGAUAUGUCUCGCCAGAUUGAGACUCACCACUAUGUUACCAGGAUCAGCCAGGAUUUUCUUCAGUGUGCUGUUUAUGACUCUGAUGAUUCGCAUGGCCGUCUUAUUGGAGUCGAAUAUAUAGUCUCGGAUGUAAUAUUUGAGGCUCUUCCACCGGAGGAGCAAAAGCUGUGGCACUCCCAUGCCUAUGAGAAUCGGUUAUGGGCACAGAUCAAAUCAGGCCUCUGGGUUAAUCCUCGUGUUCCAGAAGCGGUAGUGAAACCGGAACUGGAGAACUUGGGUAAAACCUAUGGCAAGUUCUGGUGCACAUGGCAGGCUGAUAGGGGUGAUAGGCUUCCAUUAGGUGCACCUGCUUUAAUGGUGUCUCCACAAGCUGUAAACUUGGGCAUGGUGAAGCCAGAGCUUGUUCAAAGGAGGGAUGAUAAGUACAGCAUAUCAACAAGUGCCAUCCAGAAAUCAAGGGUUGAGUUUGCAGAGCCGGAGUGGCUCAAUCCGCAAGCUGACUACUGGAAGCAGCAUGGAAAAGGUUUUGCAAUUGACAUUGAGCCGACUGAAAUGAAAUUAAGAGCACCCUUUCCAUGA